AUGUCUAGUCCCAAUCAACAGGAGAAGGAUCGAGCUGCAACAAUCCGAUCCAUUACAAAAAGAUUGUUGAUAUAUUGGGAGGAAAAGAAGCUCUUCAUGCAGGAUCCAGCCAUCAAUAUGGCAGAAUUCACCCAUGAGAGCACGGAAGACCAAGAGGAAGAAGAAUUACAGGAGGAAGUGUUAGAUUUUGCGCCAGCAGCACUGGAUGACUCUUUGCCAGAAAUGGAAGAUCCUUUACAGGAAAUAAACUUAGGGACAGAAGAGGAUCCAAGACCUAGUGUAGACAGGGAAUUAGUAGAGCACAAGCUGCCAAUCAAAGAGGGAUACCUUCCAGUCAAACAGGCCAGAAGAAGAAUGUCCAUGGACACAGAACUAAAGGUCAAGGAAGAAGUAGAAAGGUUGCUCAAGGCAGGAUUCAUCAGGCCAGCCAUCUAUGCUGAUUGGCUAGCUAAUAUUGUACCAGUUCUGAAAAGAAAAACUGGGGCAGUCAGAAUCUUUGUGGAUUACAGAAAUCUAAAUGAAGCUUCUCCAAAGGAUGAGUACCCUAUGCCAAAUGGCAGACAUGCUAGUUACAAUCAGAUCAUGGUGGCAGAAGGAGACAUCCAAAAGACAGCCUUCAUGUGUCCAGGACAUAUAGGUGCUUUUGAGUACACUGUAAUGCCUUUUGGUUUAAGAAAUGCAGGAGCUACUUAUCAAAGGGCAAUGAAUUCUGUCUUCCAUGAUAUGAUAAGGCAUUCUUUGGAAGUGUAUAUCGAUGAUGUGGUGAUUAAAUCCCCAGAAGAGGGAAACCACAUACCAAAUCUAAGGAGGGCAUUCCUAAGAAUGAGGCCGCACAAACUAAAGAUGAACCCAAAGAAAUGUGUUUUUGGAGUUCAAGCAGGAAAUUUCCUAGGAUUCUUGGUCCACCAGAGAGGCAUAGAAAUCGACAAGAACAAAGCAAAGUCCAUCAUAGAAGCUCUACCGCCUAGGAACAAGAAAGAAUUGCAGAGUCUUUUAGGAAAAAUUAAUUUUCUAAGGAGAUUCAUAUCCAAUUCUACAGGGAAGAUCCAGCCUUUCUCCUCUUUGUUAAGAUUGAAACAGGAACAAACCUUCAAGUGGGAAGAACAUCACCAACAAGCUUUUGAGGAAAUCAAGCAUUACCUCUCAAAUCCACCAAUUCUGUCCCCACCAAAGAGAGGCAGACCACUCAAGCUCUAUGUAUCUGCAUCAGAAGUAUCCAUUGGGAGUCUGUUGGUUCAAGAUAAUAAGGAAGGGAAGGAACAGGCAGUCUACUACCUGAGCAGAACUCUGACAGAGGUGGAAAGAAAAUAUUUUGCGAUUGAAAGACUUUGCCUAGCCUUGUACUUCACUGUUGUGAAACUCAGACACUACAUGCUGCCAUACACCAUCUACAUCAUUGCCAAAACAGAUCUAAUCAAAUACAUGCUAACAAGACCAAUGCUGAGAGGCAGAAUUGGAAAAUGGACCUUGGCCUUGACAGAAUUUGCCUUCAGAUAUGUUCCUCAGAAAGCUGUCAAAGGACAAGCUGUGGCAGACUUCCUAGCAGAUCAUCCUGGGGAGGAGAUUGAAAACAUGGACUCUUUGGACAUAGCAAAUGCAGAUCUAUUGACCAGAGCUCACACCUGCCUCAACAAUCCUAUCUAUUUAGUCCAUCUCACACCUUGGAAGCUAUACUUUGAUGGAUCAAAAACUGAUAUAUCUUUUGGGGCAGGAAUUGUUUUGGAAGAACCGCUUGGAAUCAGACACAGGUACUCUUUUCAAUUGGAUUUCCAGUGCACCAACGAGCAGAAUAUGAGGCUCUAA